GCAAUUUCUCUUUAAAUGGCCCUCCAUUGGGUGGCUGGCAACCUGAGCUCCCAAUCGCCCUGCGACGUGAGAAGUGAAGGGCAGAGCCGGGCAAAAGAGCUCGACACUCGCGUGUUGGUUUGCCCUGGUUCCCGCAGUCCUCUUCCCGGCAGGAAAAUGGCAGCGGCGACCGUGGCGGUGGCAGCGUUAACGGCGCCAGGAGGAGGCGGCGGCGGCUGCAGUCCGAGACUCGCCGCCUGGCUCAGCUCGUUGCUGCUGGCAGCGGCUCUCGGCUCGUCCCAGGUUUCAGCUGUGGAAGUAUACACACCAGCAGAACUCUCUGUGGAGAAUGGGACAGAAACGAAGCUUCCGUGCAGCUUUUCAUCCUCAGAGGUGGUCACCAGUGUCGCUACUGUUACCUGGAGCUUUCAACCAGAGGGAUCAACUACUUCUGUGCCGUUCUUCUAUUAUUCCCAUGGCAAAUCAUAUCCUGGGAGGGAUACACAAUUUAAGGACAGAAGCAGCUGGGCGGGUGACCUUAACAAGAAAGAUGCAUCUAUCAGUAUAUCCAACAUGCAAUUCCGGGACAAUGGCACUUUCAUCUGCGAUGUCAAGAACCCUCCAGACAUAGUUGUCACACCUAGUGAAAUCUCAGUCAGAGUUGUGGAAAAAGUAGUCCCGAGGCUGCAGCAUGCUGAGGGGCAGGUUGAGCAACUGGCACGGCGAUUGCAGGCACUGGAGCUCUCAGCAGGUGCAGCACAGCGCAUGAUGGAGGAACGAGUGACCAACCUCACCCACAGAAUCGAAGCACUGGAGCAGGUCAUGCAACAUCGCCCCAUGCAGCCGUGACACUGAUUCUUUUGUUUUGGGCCUUCCUUGGUUUUUGUAAUGCUCCUCUACCUUCCUGCCUUGCAAGUUCACCUGCUGUUUUUUAUACUUCUGUGGUUUAUUUUUUUUAUACUCCUGCUUGUGGUGGUCGGGUAGGAUUGCUAUGAGGAAUUAUGAAAAAUGAAUCAAGCCAUUGUGUCAGUGGUGAAAGCAUCGUUUUGACUGGGUUUGGGUCAUUUGACAUGAUUUCUGAUCAAUCCAAGCCUCUGCAUCUCUGCCCCAUUUCUGUUGCCUGAAAGUCACAUAAACAGACCGGUUGCUUCACCAGGAAUCCUGAGCCAUAAAGAUAAGGAGGUAGCUUUGUUGUAGCUUUUGUUUGUUUUUGUUAAUCUUAGGGCCAGGAAACAGAGUUUCACAUGGAGGUGAUAAAAAUGCCUAUCUUUCCUGUUUACUUCCUGUUUAUCAGGUUUGCUAAAUACAUUCCUCCUUGAUUCCUGUUUUAUUUAGCCUAAACAUGUACGCAUGCUCAAAUUAGUUAUUUGUAGUUAAGAGGCUUCCUCUGAUCUAACUUUGUUCCAACGUGGGGAUUUUUUUGAAAUGCUCAGAGGAAAUUUGAUUGGUUCUUACAAAUGCUGUGUAAAAGUUCUUUCGUUAAUAAAACGGCCUAGACAAGGGAGUGGCAAUUGCACUUCCUCCCAGAGUCUUGCUGGUCAAGCCUUGCGUCUAUUGAAUUAAUCAGGGUCCAAUCCUUCCUUUGCCUUCAGAAUGCAACACGGCUUAGUGGUUUGCACGAAUGGUGGCAGCAAGCCUGAUGCCCGCCCCCCCCAUCCUUAAUACAUUCCACCAUGCUUGCUGUUGUUUUUCACCUGAUGCCUUUUGAAUUAAUUUCCUUCUUUUUUAAGAUUGUACUUUAAUGCUGUGUAAAGCCAUACUGUGGUGCGAAGCUUGAAUCCAUGGGUUUCUCUGUCAUGCUUUUAUCUUUGCUGCGUAUCCACUGUAAGCAUUUUGUUUAGAGGGAGUAUUAUUUGAAUGUCAAUUAGUAUAGUAUCAUGUCGCUAUGUUAGUAUUACUUUAAGAAAGUGCCUUUUUGUCAAUGUUCCAACGAAAAAACCAACUGUUGGCUUUUUGAGCAUCUGCGAAAAUAAACACAAGAAUUUCUUUAUA